AUGUGCCGCUUGACGAGUUUACCCUACGAAGUACUCGCAAACGUUGCAGAUAGUCUCAGCUUCGAUGAUGUCUUCAACCUCGGACGGGCCAGCAGACAUUUUCUAUUCCUUCUCAAAGAGGAGCGGAUCUGUAAAUCAUUCGUUCAAACGAAGAUCAAGUAUUCUAAAGAAGCCCAAGAAGCGGUGAAGAAUGGUGGCGGUAAUGCCCGAGCUCUCCGAAUUGCAGCAAAGAGGAGAGAAGCCAUUACGUCUGCCUAUCCUUUCACUGUUGCCACCAUCGGCUUCUGUGACGCGUAUAUUUAUCGCAGAGGUAUCUUGUGUUACACGCUGGAUGACCGAAUACGAAUUUUGGACUUGCACCGUUCAGCCCAAGAAGAAUUCGUAGUCAGCAUUCCGAGCUUACUCACAGAAGCACUUUCGGAUAUCGGUGACAACAAUACAGGCACUUUUAAAUGUCUGUAUUAUUCGGACGGUAUCUUAUCCUGUAUCUAUGAUGCUUCUGACGAAGACUCGCCAGUAUGGCUGAUAGCGUUCCAUGUCGAAACCAUGAGGAUAUUGGUGACGCAUGAAUUAGAGUCAACGGACAAGAUUUUUGUCCGGCACAAUUCACAGUACCUCUACUACGGCACGCAUUCAGAACUUGGAACCGAUGGGUACAAGAAAUGGGUCAUCUGCGGCUACGAAUACAAGACGAGGAAGUGGUUCGAUCACAAGGUACAUUUGCCAGACAUGGUAGGCUCGGAGAUUGGCUCCACAAUUUGCUUCGAACUGUACAGAAAUUCAUUUUAUGCACUUUCUAACCAGACUUCCUUUGAAGUGGAGGAGAUUGAUUGGACCUCUUUCUAUCAUUGUGUUCGGUUUCUUUUGGAUUCUCCUAUGUUAUUGGAAAAGACGGAGAACAAAAGCAUGUGGCGGAGGCAACAUCAAGAAGGACCCAUCGACGACCGAUGGACCAGCUUAAGUUUAGACGAAGAUGAGAGCACUGGGGAGCUCAAGAUCGUGGAGGCUCGAAAGGAAUGGUACUUGGGAUGCAGCACGAGCCAGCGGACUUAUUACACGACAGACAUCGUGUUUCCAGUGAAAGACCAUGGUGAGGAUUCGUCUAUCGUACCGGAUUCGCCGCAAGCUCAAAACUUUGUUCUCCCGACGAUCUCCUCUUGGGCACCGGCGGCUUCAUCAGAUCAGGCGCAAGCGUCAUCGUCGACCGAAGUAGAUGCAAUGAUAUCUUCGAGCUCUUCAACAGCUGCUCCUACAGGUGUGGAACCAACAGCCACUGAGUCUGACGAGCAGGACGUCUCAGACCUCCCCAAUAUUCCUUUACUUCGCUUGCUACAGAAGGACGAUCAUCCACAUCAUAUGAACGCCCCCAAUAGACGCCCAGAACGAACACACCCAGGCAAUGACGGAUCUACAUAUCCGACCCAUACGCUGGCAAAGUCUCGAAUUCGAGCUUAUUUUACGCCUUGCAGUACGCACCUCGACCUUGUGGACGACCCCCAUCCAGACGAUUGGCAGGGCAAACAACGCCUCCGGCUGAGAGCAGGAACCCGACGAAUCGGCCCGGUCCUUCGCGAUCCUGUGACGAACCUUAUCCGCAGACCCCAUCCUGAUCUCAAUAUCGCACUUGGAGAGAUGUACCGAGUCCCGCCAAUUACAUACUGGCCCAAAGCUCAAAAACUACAUGAGCCAGACGAACACAUCGAUGCUAUCUACAGGCUCAUGAACCCUCCAUCCCAUUUGGGUAAUGUCGAAGGCACGGCUGAUGAGAGAAGUCUCGUUUACGUCACAGGAGGUUGUGACCAGCCGCAAGCUCUUAUCUUCGUGGGCUUUGAUCCUUCCAUCAAGCUGGCAGGAGUUAAGCAGUGGGGCGGACUGUCAGAAUCAUCUACGAAGAAGCAAAAGGGUGUGGGUGAAGGGCCGCAUAUUGAUGGUCGCGCAACUGGUCACCACGCUCCUUCUGACUCUGUACAUUGGAUAGAGGGGUUGGAGGGACAGCAGGAGGGUACCUAUGUUGACGUGUAUGAAGCCGAUAGGACGGUGAGCAUCGAUGUCAAAGGGAAAGGAAAGGCAGUUGCUGGCCCCAGUCGACCCACGGUCCAUUUCAGUGCUGGAUAUUCAACUAUCGAUGUCUGCGAAAGCCCAGCUACCUACGAUAUUCGUGGGGGUCUCGGGCGUAGAACAUGGGUAUGGCGGGAGGCCGCCAUGUAUCGCGACAUAGGACUUGGAUUGUACUUUGGGAUGGAUCGGCCGAGAGACAAGAGCGGGGAGAUUCUUUGA